UGCCUCCAUCGCCUCAACACCACGGGACUUACUGCUCACCUGGGGCCACCUGCACCAGCAGGGUGCUGCUUGAGGCAGCUAGCAGAGGACCAACUGCUGGGCACCAGAUCAACUGCUCAAAAGCCAGACCCUUGGGCCAUCAGUCACCAGAGGCAUUGGCACCCAGGUAGCUGGCCUCAGCAGCGUCACCAUGUCCCGGCCCAGUAGCAGAGCCAUUUACUUGCACCGGAAAGAGUAUUCCCAGAGCCUGGCCUCAGAGCUCACCCUCCUGCAGCACAGGGUGGAGCAUCUGAUGACAUGUAAGCUGGGGACACAGAGAGUCCGGGAACCCAAGGAUGCACUGCAGAAGCUGCAGGACAUGGACACACAGGGCCGAGUGUGGAGCCAAGACCUGAUCCUGCAGGUCAGAGAUGGCUGGCUCCAGCUGCUGGACAUCGAGACCAAGGAGGAGCUGGACUCUUACCGCCUAGACAACAUCAAGGCCAUGGAUGUGGCACUGAACACCUGCUCCUACAACUCCAUCUUGUCCAUCACUGUGCAGGAGUCUGGCUUGCCAAGCACUAGCACUCUGCUCUUCCAGUGCCAUGAAGUAGGGGCAGAACGGCUGAGGACCAGCCUGCAGAAGGCCCUGGAGGAGGAGCUUGAGCAAAGUAGACCUCAAUUUGGAGGCCUUCACUCAGGCCAGAACAGAUGGAGGGGACCAUCUCUGGAAAGGUCACUUCCUUUGGAGCAGGCACCCUCUCUGGAGCGGGGGCCCCUUCCAGAGCAGCCCUACCAGAUGACCCCAGAGCACAGCAUCCCACCAUCCCCAAGGCCCCUGUCACGCCACCCCAGUGCCAGAGAACCAAGCGCCUUUGCUCGGCCUCCUCCAAGACGGUCUCCAUCCCCAGAGGAUCUACAGAGAGAUGAGGAGGUGCUGAACCAUGUCCUAGGGGACAUUGAGCUGUUCAUGGGAAAACUGAAGGAGGUUCAGGCAAAGACCAGCCUUAAGAAGAAGAGGAGACUUAGGAAAAAAAAGAACAAGGAGAAUGAGGGAAUAACCCGGGAACACUACAUUGACUGCUUCCAGAAGAUCAAGUACAGCUUCAACCUCCUGGGAAAUCUGGCCCUCAGGCUGGAGGAGACGAGUGCCCCUGAGUUUGUGCACAUCCUCUUCAAAACUCUGGACUCUAUCCUGGCCCAGUGCCCUGAUGCUGACCUACCAUCUCAAGUGGUCUCGCCCCUCCUCACUCCCAAAGCCAUUGACCUGCUGCAGUCCUGUCUGAGCCCAUCUGAAAGUAACCUCUGGAAGGGGUUGGGUGUGGCCUGGACCACCAGCCGGGCUGACUGGACAGGCAAAGAGCCUCCACACUACCAACCUACAUUUUAUGAUGGCUGGCAACCUCCAGAGCCCUCUUCCUUGGCACCCUUAGGAUAUCAGGACUCUAUUGCUCUCCGUGCUAGGUUAGGGAGUACCUCACGCUUUGCUCAGGAGGAGACCUACAACAAUGGCCCUCAACCUGGGGAUACCAGCAUCCCACCCUCCAGCCCUAGACCUGUCAAAUCAGUCCUGAAAAUGCAAGUUCUGUAUGAGUUUGAAGCAAGGAACCCACAGGAACUAACUGUGGUUCAGGGUGAGGUGCUGGAGGUUCUGGACCACAGCAAGCGGUGGUGGCUGGUGAAGAAUGAGGCAGGACAGAGUGGCUACAUUCCCAGCAACAUCCUGGAGCCCCUGCAGAUGGGAGGCCCUGGGAGCCAGGGCCAGUCACCCACACGGGCUCCAAUGCUUCGACUCAGUUCAAGGCCUGAGGAAGUCAAGGCUUGGCUGCAGGCAGAAAACUUUUCCACUGUCACGGUGAAGACCCUAGGGUCCCUGAUGGGGAACCAGCUACUUCACAUGAGACCUGGGGAGCUACAGAUGCUGUGUCCACAAGAGGCCCCACGAGUCCAGACACGGCUGGAGGCUGUCAGAAGGAUGCUGGGGAUGAGUCCUUAGGCACCAGCUCAAACACUUCCAAGACCAAGGAUGUCUCUCCUAUGCAAGAUGGAGUAUUUGAUAUUUUAGAACCCUGAGAAUUCCUCUUCCAGCUCCUCAGUUUGCAGCAAACCACACAGCUGGAGAGCUCACACAGAAAAGAGGAUUAACAGGCCCAGAUGUUGUGGCAAAUGGUACCCUUUCUUGCUGUGCUGGGAUCAUCCCCAAUUACUACCUAUUUAUUUUACCUCUUUCCUAAGUCUGGCUCACUUAUGACUAGGCCUGUCAGGAGUUGGUUUACUCCCUCAUCUUCCCAAUAAAAGCAUCUUUAAGUCUGUCA